AUGGGCCGUUUAAUUCACCCAUUGCACGGAAACUAUUGUAGAACAUCGCUCGUAACUCAAAUUCCCAAACCCCACCCACGUGAGGACGAGGAAUGGGGAAACGAGAGCGAGGCGAUGCCCGGAGAACCUCGCACACCAAGCUCGGGCGGCGAGCCACCGGCGUCUAGUGGAGGAGCGUCGCCGGCGUCCGAAGGCUCAGCAGCCACCUCCCCGCCGCGCCUGCGACUGAACACUCGCCUGGCGACCGACCCCGCCCUCGCCCCUCAGGCCACUACUCUGAAACAUGAGCCGCCGUCCCCGUCGCCGCCCGCGCCCUCACCAGCACAACAAGCGAGGGAUUUCCUUAAUCUCACAGCGGCGAAUUUCCCAGCUCUUUUUCCCGGAGCCCCCGCUGUAGCGGCGCCGCCUGCCUAUACAUGCAUUCCUUGUGGGAUACGGUAUUCUUCGUUAAGUACGUUACAAGCGCAUCAAGAGCAUUACUGCUCCAAACGGAGAUCGAAACCUGAUGGUACAGACGUGCCGACAGAAACAGUAGCAGAUGACUCUAGUGGUGAUUCAAAAACACCACGACCGCAGGGGAAACAAUAUGCCUGCACUUACUGCUCAUACAGCGCGGAUAAGAAAGUUAGUUUAAAUCGCCAUAUGCGUAUGCAUUCUUCGUCACCUAUAAGUAGUAGUACUCCAGUACCGGCUCCCACAUCCAACGGUGAAGCGACUGAUGGACAACCAGCCCAGGACCGUUAUUGUGUCGAUUGUGAUAUUCAUUUUAGCUCCAUUAAGACUUAUCGUGCUCAUAAAGCUCAUUACUGUAAUACGAGACAGAUCGUCAAACAAGUUUUACCCACAGCCCGGGCGGGCUCCACUACAUCAGGAUCGGCUCCGACGUCCCCCGGCGCGACCCCACCAGCUCAAAAUCAAUAUGCGCUAGCAUUACCCACUAAUCCAAUACUAAUCGUCCCAUAUUCACUUUUGAGAAGCGCUAGCACACUUCCUGGUGCAACAUUGCCUGAUCCCGAUACGCCAUGCUUCUGGUUGCCAAACGGUACGUUUCAACCUAUAAGUCGAGCGUUACCAAAUGUAAAUACGGAGGUGAAGGAACCCGAGGUUUUAAAAUCGGCAAACAGACCCCGAGAACCGUCAAGAGAUGGUGCUACACCUUUAGAUCUGAGUGUUCGCCGUACGCCCGAGUCGGUAACCACGGAUGAGCACGAAAAGGAGAACAGAAUGCGUUCUACGACACCAGAACAAAUAGUAUGUGCUCCGUCCCUACCCGCCUCCCCCGCUACUCCAUCGCCUUCGAGACGGUCAUCGUCACCUAGUGGAGAGAGUUCACCGAAACGACGGAGAAAGAAUUCAAGAGAUCCAACUCCUAAGCCGCCCAGCGUACCUUCACCCUCAGAAGAUAAAAUUUCCCCCGUCAUACCUCCCCCGGCAUUCCCACCUUCCUUAGCUCUGCGGCUGACUACAGACCCAAUAACGACUGUUUCUCCACAAGUACUAGUAAAGCAGGGAGUUUCAAAGUGCCAGGAGUGCAAUAUAGUUUUUUGCAAAUUUGAUAAUUACCGUAUACACAAACGGCAUUACUGUUCCGCUGGUGGUGGAGACGAGCGAGCCAGCCCGGCGCCCCCUGAACCCGGACCUCCGCCUCAGUACAGACAGCUCAUCUGCAUGGCGUGCGGGAUACAUUUCAGUUCCUACGAUAACUUGACGACUCAUCAAUCCUACUACUGCACGAAAAGAGAGACGCGCUCCCCGCGAGCUGUUCUGGAAACAUCGAGACCUUCGUCGGGGUCAGACGGCGGUUGGAAGUGUCCCUGCUGUGAUGUUGUGUCUCCAACAGCCGCCGCCGCCCAGAGACACAUGGAGGCGCACGCGGGAGUGAAAGCAUUCCGUUGCACCAUUUGCAAAUACAGGGGAAACACUCUGCGUGGUAUGAGGACACACAUCCGAGUUCACUUCCGUGAAAAGCCCUCUGAUUUACAGGAAGAGAGCUACAUAUCCUGCGUGCUGGAAGAGGAAAGUCGCGAGAGCACGUCGCCGGCCCCCGCGGCGGGCGAGCGCGUACAUCGCUGCAGCUCGUGCGCGUACACAUCCACAUACCGCGGGAAUGUUGUCCGACACGCGCGGCUUGUACACGCGGACGAACCUGAACCCGAUAGAACAUCACCGCCGCCCGACAUUAAGAAGGAACCCGACGUAGACGAGGACACGCCCAACUUCUGCAAAUCCUGCAACAUAUCCUUUAAAUACGUCAACACAUACAAAGCACACAAACAGUUCUACUGCACCGCGGCCAAUCAGGACGCGGCCGCCAACAACAACGUCCCCGCUCGUGUACACGACGUGUCCGUUGUUAAGUCACAAUAA